AUGGCCUCUCCAGCCCUCAGCCACGCCAUCCACCAGGCACAUCUUGAACGCCUCCAAUCAGUCCUAUUGACCCUCUGCAACGCCUCACCCAUCGCCCAGCGUGUCCUAGAGCGCGAGCUCCUCGUCGAUGAAGAGGCGACGGAGAGCGAGGAGAAAAACAGCAACAGCAGAAGAGCUCUCGAUGUCACGGCACUAACGGAGAGGAAGAGACAGAGGUCACGUUACGCAACAUGCAAGACCUGCAACCAAGAAUUUGACGUGACGAAGAACGACGACGGGUCUUGUAAAAGCCACGAUGCAGGCGCGCUCGAGGCCAUCGAAGAUGAAUGGCCCGACCAUGAUGAGGACUGCCACGGGCCGGUCGAGACGCAAGAAAAUCUCGAAGAAUACCCGGAGAAGUUUCGGUGGGAGUGUUGUGAAGGCGCGGCGAACGCCGAGGGGUGUGUCACAGGCAGACACGAAGAGGAUACGACGUUCAAGCCUGUGUUGAAGAAGAGAAAGAUAUUCCCGAGUUUUGGGUAA